UACACCUAUGCUUCAAUUUUACUUUUUUAAUGACCAACUUUUCAUUAUGUUUCCCUCAUUACACUAUGGAAUAAUUACCCAAAGCGCCUAAAACCAAGUAGCUUUCCUACUUCCGAGUUUGCCUUCCAGUACCCACUUUUCACUUUCUUUUGUUUUUCUUUGUUUUCCUCUUACAAAAUUUCUUCACCUUUCUCAGAGCUGAACCAUUUUCAUGUCAUCUUGUUCUAAUUUGCUUUCACUUUCUUUUCCCCAGUGUUGAUUUACCAUAUUGUCUGAUAAAAUAUUUCUAUAUGAGAUUUCCUCUACGAGCCAACGAUAGUGCUCAUAACAUGUUUGAUUUUAUGCCUGAACGAGUUUCACUUGUUCUGCAAUAGCCUUUACUUCAACUUACCAGCAGCAGCAUCCUGAUAAAGUUUAUAGAUCGACCAUGUUGCUCUCUGUCGUUUGCCACAGCGACAAUUUCCUCAGCUCCAACUUUCUCCCAUCAUCAAGCCCAUCUUCCAUUACCCUUAGAAAAACGAAAAAACGCUUUCAAAACAUUUGUCAUAAGCCCCAAAAUUUAUCAAUUUCAGUUUCAUGUUCUUCUAUCAAAGUUGUUCGUAGUCCUUCACUAGACAGACAUGUAGUAAAACAAAACAAAAUCCGUUUCAUCCAAAAGCUGAAAACUUUGUUACUUUCCAAACCAAAACACUUCAUUCCAAUCCAUAUUCUCUCCAAAUGCCGUGCUUACCUUUCUAUCCACAAGCCCCGUUCCAUUCUCUCGAUGAUAUAUCGUUACCCCACGAUUUUCGAGCUCUUUACUAUCCCCAUGCCGCCUACUCCUCUUAACGCUACGAAAUCAGGAUACCAACUUUGUGUUCGUUUAACCCCGGCUGCUCAAUCUCUUGCUAUGCAAGAAUUGAAUCUUAAGUCAGCUAUGUCGGGUUUCUUGGCAAACAAGUUACAGAAACUUCUCAUGCUUUCUUCUCAUCGCCGGCUUCUUUUGUCUAAGCUUGUUCACCUUGGUCCACAUCUUGGGUUAUCUCCGAAUUUUAGGUCCCGUCUUUGUAAUGAUCAUCCCGAUAAGUUUAAGACUGUAGAUACCUCGUAUGGUCGGGCACUUGAGCUUGUGAAUUGGGAUCCUGAGUUGGCUGUUCCAUUAAAGUCUCCUCUAAAGAAUUGUGAGUUGAUUGUAGAUAGGCCUUUGAAGUUUAAGCAACUGACACUUCGGAAAGGGUUGAAUUUAAAGAGACGUCACCGUGACUUUUUGAUGAAGUUUAAUGAAUUGCCCGAUGUUUGUCCCUAUAAUACGUCUUUGGAAGACUUUGCAAAGUCAUCCGUGGAGGCUGAGAAAAGAGCCUGUGGAGUGGUGAGAGAGGUGUUGGGGAUGAUGGUUGAGAAGAGGACAUUAAUAGACCACUUGACACAUUUCAGGAAAGAGUUUGGGCUACCAAAUAAGUUGAGGGCAAUGAUUGUGAGACACCCGGAGUUGUUCUAUGUGAGUUUGAAAGGGUUGAGGGAUUCUGUUUUCUUAGUAGAGGGGUUUGAUGACAAUGGUGUACUUUUAGAGAAAGAUGAAAGUAUAGUGAUAAGAAAUAAACUGAUGGCUUUAGUUGCAGAAGGAAAAAGGAUAAGACGUGAGAGGAGAAAAGCUAGAAUUAACGGUGCCAUUGUUGGUGACUGCCAUAACAACGAUAAGGUUGAAGAUGCUGAUUAUGAUGAUGGUGCCAUUGUUGGUGACUACGAUAACAAUGAUAAUAUUGAAUAUGGUGAUUAUGAUGAUGGAUUCGAGAAUUUGUUUAAUUCCGAAGAUUCAGACCUUGAUUAUGAUUCUAAUGAUGAUGAUAAUGAGAGUCGUCAGUUGUAUGCUAAUGGAGGAAAUGCAGGGUUUUGGACUGCUAAUGUUCCCUCUGCUUACAAUAAGAAUCUUGGUGAUGAUGGUGGAGAUUUAGAACCUUGGUAAUGAUAAAUGUUUGUGUGAAAAUAAAAUGUAAAUUACAUUUUCAUUUUUAUGCUUUGGCCAUAAUCAAAAGUUGAUUCAAUAUUUCUAGAAAAGAUUAUUGCAGAUAAGAAAGUUGAGCUGUCCAAUUAGUGCUGACAUACUUUGGACAAAUUACUGUUGUUAUUUUCAGCACAUAGACAAACUAUAUGGCUAGCCAAAAAGAAAGAGGUGAAUGGAAUUAAUAAAAUCUUUUUUUUUUAGACAUUUCCAAUUUCACAAUAGAGCUGAUUCAAUAGAAUA